AUGACGGCCGCCCAGCCAUCCAUCGAGUACCUGUCUACAGGAGCCAAUAGACAGACCGCUGUUGCUGACUGGAGCCCGUGUGGUCUCCUUGCCUUUGGCGCCGACUCCAACAUCGCCUUGUGGGCGCCAUCUUCAAAAAAUGAUGAAGGAAUUACCGCACUUCUUAGUGGGCACAAGGAGGUCGUCAAAGCGGUAAAGUUCCUCCCCCAAGUGGACGGUGAGGACCGCAAACUCCUCGUCAGCGGCUCCGAUGACCAGACCCUUAGAGUCUGGUCCCUGGACCCUAAGACCAACCAGGCCGAGUGCGUACAGACAAUCCAUGACCACAUGGCGCCUGUGAACUGCAUAGCGAUUCUCCAAUCAAAAAGAUCAUCCAAGCAGGUCCUCCUGGCCUCAGGGGCUGCCGACGCGACCAUCAAGAUCUGGCAGCUCACCAGAGGCCAGCUGCAGUUGCGUCAGACCAUCAAGACCAGCCCUAGAUACUUCCCUCUAUGCCUGGCCCUUACGGCACUUGAUGAGGCCGAGGAUGUCUUCGUUCUGGCGGCGGCGGGAACCAAGACGUUUAUUCAGAUAUUUGUCGCCACCGCUGAAGAGACGCUAGACUUCAAGCUCCAGGCCACGCUAUCGGGCCACGAAGGCUGGAUCCGGUCCCUUGACUUCACCUGGGAGAACACCGAGCCGAACAGCGAUCUGCUGCUCGCUUCAGCGAGUCAGGAUAAGUACGUCCGUCUUUGGCGUCUUCACUUAGGCAAGGACUUGCCGUCGCUCGCCGCAGAGGGCUCGGACCCCUUAAGUGGUGCCUACCUUCCCGGCAAGUCCCCUUCGAACAAGGCUCAUCGGCUUCAGUCGGCCGGCAAAGACUUUUCCGUCACAUUCGAGGCCCUCCUCCUGGGCCAUGAGGACUGGAUCUACAGCGCAAAGUGGUUCACGCGGAACGGCAAGCUCCAGCUGCUGUCGACAUCCGCGGACAACUCUCUCGCCAUGUGGGAGGCCGACGCCACGUCUGGCAUCUGGGUCAGCAUGGCCAGGCUUGGCGAGAUCAGCCGAGAAAAGGGUGCGACGACGGCGACGGGCAGCAUCGGCGGCUUCUGGACGGGCCUUUGGGCCCCCGACGGCAAGUCUGUCGUCUGCCUCGGCCGAACCGGAAGCUGGCGCCGUUGGGUCUACAGCGAUGAGCGAGACGAGUGGCGGCCCGCCAUCGCCGUGACUGGCCACACCAGAACCGUCACGGGCAUCGCCUGGUCGCGCGACGGGGACUACCUCAUGUCGACGAGCUCCGACCAGACCACUCGCCUCCACGCUUGCUGGAAGCGCGGCGACGCCGCCACCGCUGCCCGCUCGUGGCACGAAAUGUCCCGCCCCCAGAUCCACGGCUACGACCUGAACUGCAUCGAUACCCUCGGCGCCUCGCAGUUCGUCUCGGGCGCCGACGAAAAGCUCAUGCGCGUCUUCAGCGAGCCGCGCGCCGUGGCGCAGAUGUUGCGGACCCUCGGCGGGAUCGAGACGGACGCGCCGGCCGAGUCCAUGCCCGAUGGCGCCAACAUGCCCGUCCUGGGUCUCUCCAAUAAGGCCAUCGAUGCUGUCGACGACGACCAAGAAGUCGAGGCCGACAGCCAAUACGACCGCGAGGCCGUUGACCCGGCCACCAUCGUGCGAAAGUCCAUGCUCGACAUCGACCACCCGCCCUUUGAGGAGUCGCUAUCGCGGCAUACCCUCUGGCCCGAGACGGAGAAGCUCUACGGCCACGGCUACGAGAUCUCCUGCCUGGCCGCGAGCCACGACGGCAAGCUGAUCGCCAGCGCCUGCAAGGCCAGUUCGCUGAACCACGCCGUCAUCCGCAUCUUCGAGACGGAGCGGUGGACCGAGGUCAGGCCGCCCCUGACGGCGCACUCCCUGACAGCCACGAGGCUGCGCUUCUCGCCGGACGACAGGUUCCUGCUGAGCGUCGGACGAGACAGGCAGUGGGCCGUCUUCGAGCGGGACGAGCGGGAGCACUCGCAGUACCAGCUUCUCCAGUCCAAUCCCAAAGGCCAUACCCGCAUGAUCCUGGAUGCCGCGUGGGCCCCCUCCACGGGCGUGAGGGUCUUCGUCACGGCGGGACGUGACAAGAACGCCAAGGUCUGGGUAGCCAAGACCCAGGAGGGCGGCGAGACAGAGUUCGCCCUGGCGUCUAGCAUCGCCUUCGACGGGCCUGUCACGGCCGUCGACUUCCUCGGUAGACAGAGUGCCGGGGGCGAGCUCGUCCUCGCCGUGGGCACCGAGUCUGGCAAGAUCUCACUUUGUACCUUGGCCCCCGAGACCUUCCAGUCGGCUGGGACGGUCCAGCUGGCGUCACACCUGUGCCUACCCAAGCCAGUUGCCCAGCUCGCCUGGCGUCCGUCAAGUGAUAGUAACGACACAGACGAACUGGCCAUCGCCGGCGAGGAUAGUUCCCUGAGGAUAUACAGCUUCACCAGACUGGGAGCGUCCGAAACCACGGUCGAAUGA